GUGAUUGGAAACAAUACGCGUGGUCGCCGAACAAUAGUUCGAAUUUUGUUGAAAGUUUUCUUUAAAACAGGCCAACUUUACCAUGGAAGUGGACAUGCCGUCCCCGAUUAAGAAGGAGAAAAAGAAGAAGAAGAUCAAGCAGGAGCCCGACGCCGAAGAGAUCGAAAACCUGGGAGAGCUGCAAAAGUCCGGCGACUUUCAGCUGAAGCCCUCGGAGGCGAUCUCCCGGCUGGAUACGUCCAAGUGGCCCCUUUUGUUGAAAAACUUUGACCGCCUGAACGUGCGCACCAACCACUACACCCCGCUGCCGUUUGGAUCUUCGCCGCUGAAUCGUAAAAUAAAGGACUACGUCAGUGCCGGUUUCAUCAACUUGGACAAACCGUCCAACCCGAGCUCGCACGAGGUUGUGGCGUGGAUUAAGAAGAUCCUGAAGGUCGACAAAACGGGCCAUUCGGGAACGCUCGACCCGAAGGUUAGCGGUUGUCUGAUCGUUUGCAUCGAUCGCUCGACUCGUUUGGUUAAAAGCCAGCAAAGUGCCGGCAAGGAGUACGUGGCCAUUUUUAAGCUUCACUCGGCCGUAGAGAAAGUCGCCAAAGUAACGCAGGGGUUAGAGAAACUGCGCGGUGCACUAUUUCAACGGCCCCCGUUAAUAUCCGCUGUCAAGCGUCAGCUCCGCGUGCGAACCGUGUACGAGUCGAAGCUGCUGGACUACGAUGACCAACGCAACAUGGGUGUGUUUUGGGUCAGUUGUGAGGCUGGUUCGUACAUUCGAACGAUGUGCGUCCAUCUGGGAUUGGUUCUUGGCGUUGGUGGUCAGAUGCUGGAACUGCGGCGCGUCCGUUCCGGGAUUCAGUCCGAAAAGGACGGCAUGGUAACGAUGCACGACGUGCUCGACGCGCAGUACUUGUACGAAAACCACAAAGACGAAUCGAUGCUGCGUCGGGUGAUAAAACCCCUCGAAGGACUGCUCGUGGGCCACAAGCGCAUCAUCAUGAAGGACAGUUCGGUGAAUGCGGUGUGCUACGGAGCAAAGAUCUUACUGCCGGGCGUACUGCGCUACGAGGACGGAAUAGAGCUUGAUCAAGAGAUCGUGAUCGUUACCUCGAAGGGCGAAGCCGUGGCACUGGCCAUCGCUCUUAUGACCACGGCCACAAUGGCCAGUUGCGAUCAUGGCGUCGUGGCGAAGAUUAAACGCGUAAUUAUGGAACGCGAUACCUAUCCCCGUAAGUGGGGUCUGGGACCGAAAGCAUCGAUGAAGAAGCAACUUAUCGCUGCCGGAAAGCUAGACAAAUACGGAAAGCCGAACGAGAACACUCCCAAGGAGUGGGUCACCGGCUACACUGACUUCAAUCGAACAGCCAACGGUAACAGCGUCACGGCCGACGACUUGUCCGGUGGGAAGCGGAAACUAAGCAUCGGUGAUACAUCCGCUGAUAAUGCGGCGCUAUCCGAAGCUGCCGAUGACGGCAGCGAGCAAAAGAAAAAGAAAAAGAAGAAGCAAAAGAAAGACGCCGAAGAAGCCGGCGACGCAGUGGACCAAACGGUUUCCGGGGAAGCCGAUGGCGAAGAGGAGUCGAAAAAAGAGAAAAAGAAAAAGAAGAAGGACAAAAAAGAUCGUCCAGAAGGGGACGAGUAGGUAGUACUAGUAGUAGUACAUUUUUAUUUUGCUACGACGAAAGGCGGCAACCAAUGAAGUUGCCGCUAUUUGCAGGAUGGCGCCGUAUUUUUAGCGAACUGCUGUUGUACAAUGUUUGUACAACUGUUCUUUUGUACUCAAACAACCUUUAGUCACAGGUAAUUUUAUCAUUUCUUUGAUAAUUUUUUGGAAAUAGUGAAGUAUUCCGUUCCGAAGGAGAUAGUGAGUCCGCUACUUCGAAUCUAGCAGAGUAUAGAGCCGGUUCCGCGUGUUCCAUAUUUUGUUUGCGAGAAAGG